GCAAUGAAAACAAAUCUGGAAGAAAUGGAUGAGUGGAAUUAUACUACCGUGACUGAAUUCAUACUUCUUGGCUUCACAGAUCAUCAAGAUAUUAAGGCCAUUCUCUUUGUGCUCUUCCUAGCCAUCUAUGUGGCCACUCUAGUGGGGAACAUUAGCAUCAUCAUAUUAAUCGGUAUCAGUCCCACUUUGCACAAUCCAAUGUACUUUUUCCUGAACAACCUGGCUUUCCUAGACCUCAGUUAUUCUUCUGCCAUUACUCCCAAGAUGCUGGUCAAUUUCUUAGCAGAAAGGAAGACCAUUUCGUUCACAGGAUGCAUUGCUCAAAUGUACCUUUUUGCUUCCUUUGCAGAUGCGGAGUGCCUCGUGCUGGCUGCCAUGGCAUAUGACCGCUACAUGGCCAUUUGUAACCCACUACUCUAUCCAGUUCUCAUGUCCCACAAGGUGUGCAUCUGUCUAGUAACGGGCUCCUAUCUCACAGGCAGCAUAAGUUCAUUGGUGCAUACUUGUUUAAUAUUCCGUCUUUCCUUCUGUGGUUCCAAUGCCAUCAAUCAUUUCUUCUGUGACAUCCCUCCAUUGUUAGCUCUCUCCUGCUCGAACACCCAUACCAAUGAAAUCCUUCUCUUUACCCUGUGUGGUUUCAUCCAAACUACCACAUUCUUGUUCAUCCUUAUUUCCUAUGCCUGUAUCCUAUGCACCAUUUUGAGGAUCCCUUCUGCAGAAGGACGUCACAAAGCCUUUUCGACUUGCACAUCCCAUUUGACAGCCGUUGUCCUUUACUAUAGCACUCUGCUUUUCAUGUACUUACGUCCUAGUUCCAGCUAUGCCCUGGAUACAGACAAAAUCAUCUCAGUUUUUUAUACAGUGGUGUUUCCCAUGGUGAAUCCCUUGAUCUACUGCCUGAGAAACAAAGAAGUGAAGGAAGCAUUGAAGAGAGCAUUGGAAAGAAAUGUGUGCUGUCAUUAG